AACACCUGCACCAUGGAGCACACAGCCAUCAUCAAAGUGAAUCUGCAGAAGGAGGACUAUCUCGCUUCCAGUGUGGGGGCCGUUCUCUGUGCACGCCAUGCUCUCGUUCGCAAGAAAGGAGUGGGCGACCUACAGAAAGGAGAAAAGUUUUGUAACAUGGACUACUUGGUUCUAUUGAUGCUCGCCUCGCUUAUGCUGAUCUGGUUCUUCCUGACGUACGACAUUGCCUGUCAAUACAGCAAAAACUUUCAAAAAUGGAACUCCGAUUAC